AUGGUCUAUCAUAAUCUCAAGGCGCUUAUCAAGGGUAUUCGUGCUUGCAAGACUGUCGCCGAUGAACGCGCUCUCAUCCAGCAAGAAUCCGCCGCAAUUCGGGCAUCCUUUCGGGAAGAGGACUCUUUUCAGCGGCACAACAAUAUCGCAAAACUCCUGUAUAUACAUAUGCUGGGAUCCCCCGCCCACUUUGGUCAGAUCGAAUGCCUGAAGCUCGUCGCAAGCCCCCGUUUCUCCGACAAGCGGCUAGGUUAUCUUGGGAUUAUGUUGCUACUGGACGAAAAUCAGGAGGUGUUGACGCUGGUUACGAACUCUCUGAAGAAUGAUAUGAACCACUCCAACAUGUACGCUGUGGGACUUGCCUUGUGCACAUUCGCCAACAUUGCAUCUGAGGAAAUGUCCCGCGAUCUCGCCAAUGAAAUAGAGAAACUCCUCGGAUCAAGUAACACCUACAUUCGCAAAAAGGCAGCUCUCUGUGCCCUUCGGGUAAUCAAGAAGGUCCCAGAUAUUGCAGAUCACUUCACGGCCAAAGCCAAAAAUCUGCUCACUGACCGUAAUCAUGGCGUCUUGUUAACAGCCAUUACACUGGUCACCGAAAUGGUUCAGAUCGACAAUGCAAUUCUGGAGGAAUUCAGAUCGGCUGUUCCUCUGCUUGUCCGAAACUUGAAAUCGUUAGUCACAACGGGAUAUAGUCCAGAGCAUGACGUGUCCGGCAUCACGGAUCCUUUCCUUCAAGUCAAGAUACUGAGGCUCCUAAGAUUACUGGGCAAAGGUGACGAGCAGGCGAGCGAGACUAUGAACGACAUUCUUGCCCAGGUUGCUACAAACACGGAUUCGACGAAGAACGUUGGAAACUCGAUUCUUUACGAAACAGUGCUAACAGUGCUGGAAAUAGAGGCUGAUACGGGACUGCGAGUUAUGGCAAUCAACAUCCUCGGAAAGUUCUUGAGCAACAAGGAUAACAACAUUCGAUAUGUUGCUCUCAAUACGUUAAACAAGGUCGUAUCGAUGGACACGAAUGCAGUCCAACGUCAUCGAAACAUCAUUCUUGAUUGUUUGAGAGAUGGUGACAUUUCAAUCAGACGGCGGGCACUCGAGCUCUCAUAUGCGCUAAUCAACGAGCAAAACGUCCGGAUUCUUAUCCGAGAGCUGCUUGCUUUCCUCGAAGUUGCAGACGAUGAAUUCAAGCUCGGAUUGACAACACAAAUAUCUCUGGCCGCAGAACGUUUUGCGCCGAAUAAACGAUGGCACAUAGAUACGGUAUUGAGAACACUUAAAUUGGCAGGGAACUUCGUUCGGGAGGAGAUCCUGUCCGCCUUCAUCAGGCUGGUUGCUCACACUCCCGAAUUGCAACACUACACGGCGUCGAAGUUGUAUCUGGCUCUCAAGGCAGACAUUUCUCAGGAAUCGUUGACUCUGGCUGCCACAUGGAUUAUCGGUGAAUAUAGCGAGAUCAUCGUACAAGGUGGCAUUGUUGACGAUGAGCAAACUGUCAUGAUCACGGACAAGGAUCUUGUGGAUCUAAUCUUUUCAGUGAUGGACUCACCUUACGCCAACUACCUCAUCCGCCAAUUCGUCCUAGCCGCAAUCACCAAGAUUGCUGCCCGCAGCACAACAAGUCCGGCAGAACAAGAUCGUAUUGCCGAGGUGCUCGCUAAAUAUACCACCAGUCCCGAGCUGGAACUACAACAACGUGCAGUCGAGUUCGCCAGUCUGUUUAGCCUAGGUGAAACCAGAAUUGGCGUCCUGGAGCAGAUGCCACUUCCAGAGCUGAAGGCAACAGUCAUGGGUGUCGUCAGCGAGAAGAAACCUGUUGGAUCAACCAAGGGAAAAGAGGCUGAUCUUCUCGGAGACGAAGUGCCAGCGACACCUGGAAUACCGAAUGGUCAACCCGCCCCAUCCGCCCAAUCAAAUCAAGACUUGCUUGCGGAAAUUUUUGGCUCAUCAUCGUCAACUGCACCUUCAACUACUGUCUCACCUCCAACCCAACAGAAGUCGACGGUAGACGAUAUUCUCGGCCUCUUCGGCUCCACGGGUACUGGUGCUGCAGCCUCUCCAGCACCUCCAACACCAUACCCUGGUGUCGCUCCAACUUUCCCCUCGACGCCCGCCUCAACAUUCCCACCCUCCGCACCUGCAGUGUCAACACCUGUUCCGGCUGCUCCUCCUCAACAGAGGCUAACAGCAUACAGCGCCUAUGACAAGAACGACCUCAAGAUCACACUGACCCCGCAGACAUCACCUGCUAAGCCGGGGAUUGUAAUGAUUUUGGCCCGUUUCCAGGUGUCAGGAACAGAAGCAGUGACCGGAUUGUCCUUCCAGGCCGCAGUUCCAAAGUCCCAACAACUUCAAAUGCUACCCAUGUCGAAUCCCAGCAUCAAUCCAGGUGCUGUUGAGACUCAGCAAAUGAGGGUUGUUGCCCCAGUUGGCAGCAAUGUCCGCCUACGUCUCCGCAUUGCCUAUACUUAUGCUGGCCAAAACUAUCAAGAUCAAGUGGACUUCGCAGGCUUUCCACCAGGCCUCACAGGCACACCCUCAUAA